CUAUCUAUCUAUCAACAGAAGAAUACAGCAGCACACUGCUAGCACAAAGAUAUAGAUGAUACAUGAGUAUAUAGAUAAAACAUGAGUAUAUAGAUAGAACAUGAAAAGCUAUACAGCUGUAAUGCAAUAAAUGAAGAUAUGAAAAUAUGAGGUACUUAGCUUGCAAAUUUGGCGCCAAAUAGCGUGGACCGUCCCACCACGGCGACAAUGGACAGAGAUGCCCAGGAGGAAGCCUUGAACUCUCUAUACUUCAAACAUAAAGGCAUCUACUUUGACGCCCGUAAUACGUCACCCGAAGUCAUAGAUGACAUAGAACAUAUGGAAAUCAGGGACGACGAUGUGUUCCUUGUCACCUAUCCGAAAUCUGGCACAAUUUGGACACAACAAAUUCUAAGCCUGAUAUUUAAUGAAGGCCACCGGAAUGGAACAGAACAGGUGGAGACUAUAGAACGCGUUCCCUGGAUCGAGUACAAUGUUAUGAACAUGGACUUUAAAAGCCGCCCAUCUCCUCGUCUCUUCUCAUCUCACCUGCCUUAUUAUCUGAUGCCGAGAGGUCUGAAGUAUAGGAUGGGGAAAAUUUUAUAUGUGUGUCGAAACCCAAAAGAUGUCAUGGUGUCCUAUUACCACUUCAUCAGAAUGAUUCCAUACCUAAAAUAUACAAUAGACUGGGAAACAUUAUUUGAGGUCUUUUUAUCCGGGAGAGUCACAGGUGGCUCAUGGUUCGACCAUGUGAGGGGCUGGUACACACACAAAGAGGAUUUCAACAUACUGAUUGUGACCUAUGAGGAGAUGAAGAAGGACCUUCGAUCUGCAGUGAAAAAAAUAUGCAAAUUUAUGGGUGUGAACCUCGACGAGAAAGCCAUAGACACCGUGGUGGAAAGAGCAACUUUCAAGAACAUGAAACAUGAUCCUCUCGCAAAUUAUGAAUCUAUUCCCAGUGACCUUUUAGACAAAACCAAAGGACAUUUCCUACGUAAAGGGACGGUUGGUGACUGGAAAAGCAUAAUGACAGUGGCGCAAAGUGAGAAGGUUGAUGAAAUUUACAAAGAGAAGAUGGGAGAUCUGCCAAUCAACUUCUUGUCGGACCUCAAUGAAGAAAAUGCCUCCUAGAGUUCUGUUAUCAUCAUAACAACCAUGGAUGGUCCUCGAAUCGCAACAAAGCUUCAAUAAAAAAUAAAUCUGCACAAGCAGUAAAAUAAAGCUGCAUAAAGUAUC